AUGAAUUCCGACGACUUGCCGACGUGCCGUGAGGAUCAGUUACUUGAAUCGAACAAAGUUGGUGAUGAAGAAGAAUAUGAUGCAGCUCCGAUCCUAGAAGGCGGUAGUGAGGCCGAAGGAGCUAAAGCCAGGGACGAUGACGAGCUCCUAUACACGAGGAGCGCCGAGAGGAAUUGUUCUGAACAGUCUUCUCACUGGCCUGCACCGAGACCAUGGGGAUUUGCCGGGAAUCCUUAUUUUUCGAGCUGGCCAAACCGCCACGACAGGCCUGCUGCAAUUGUGGGAGCAGGACUAGAAAACUUGGGCAAUACUUGCUUCUUGAAUGCAGUGAUGCAGUGUUUUAUCCACACGGUUCCACUUCUACAUGGCAUUCUUUCGAACAAACAUUCUGAUUGCGAUAAAGAAAGCUUUUGCUUAGUUUGUGCUAUGCGGUGGCUCAUUAACCAUUCAUUGACUACGAGAACUGGACCUGUUGCGCCUCUUCGUCUUGUGGACAAUUUGAGUUAUUUUUCGUUAGGCUUCAAAAGAUUCCAACAGGAAGAUGCUCACGAAUUCCUUCAGUGUUUUCUGGAUAGGCUUGAAAGCUGUAAUGAGUCUUUACAAAGUGAUAACAUAGUGACUCAAAUAUUUGGUGGUCGUCUUGUCAGCAAACUGAAAUGUUGUAGCUGUGGCCACUGUUCUGAUACUUAUGAGUCAUCAAUUGACCUGAGUUUGGAAAUUGAAGAUGCUGACAACCUAUUGACUGCUCUUCAGUCGUUUACAAAGGUUGAAAAAAUUGAGGAUCCAGAUACGAAGUUUACCUGUGAAAAGUGUAAGGAGCAAGUAUCCAUAGAAAAGCAACUUUCCUUUGACCAGGCCCCAACUGUAGCCCUUUUCCAGUUGAAGAGAUUCAAAAAUGAUGGUUGUUUGGUCCACAAAAUUGAUAAACAUGUGGCAUUUCCGUUAGUCAUGAACUUGCAGCCAUUCACGUCGGGCGGCAAUAACAGUACUGUGGAACUUAAGUAUGUGCUUUAUGCUGUUGUGGUGCAUGUUGGAAUGACAUCAACAUCUGGGCACUAUUAUAGCUUCAUUCGCUUAUCUCCCGAAAUGUGGUGCAAGUUUGAUGAUUCUAGGGUUGAGCUGGUUUCUGAAGAUUAUGUGCUAUCUCAGGAAGCAUACAUUCUGUAUUAUGCAAAAGAGGAUACACCCUGGUUUUCAAAUUUUGUUGAAACUCAAGAAUACUUUAGCCUAGAUUCAAAAGCAUGGGAUGCAUCACCCAAAUCAGUCUUAGAUAGAGUACACACUUCGCCACUGUCUCCUAUUUUGGAAAAUAAGUCUAGCCGUGAUUGUCGUGAAGCUAGUCAUGAUAUUGGUUCAGAACUAAGUGAAGUUGACCGUAGCAAUGAGAUGAAAGAUGGUGGAAAAUUGCAUGAAAACUUGAAGACCAAUGAAAAUACAGACGACAAUCCUCACGAGAAGACUACUUUUGUAGCACAGCCCUGUGCAGGGCCUUCUCUAGGCAAACCCUCACCCGAAGCCCAAAAAGAGGUAUCAAACACAUAUUGUGAAAAGCUAAACAGACCUAGUGAAGAAGAAGCUAAUGGGACUGCAUCUAAUCAUAUCAACACUCCUGAAUAUCAUUCGAGAUCGCCUAGUCCAGAGAUAUACAGAGAGGACCCUCCUGAUGCAGGUUUCAUGAUUCCACGUGGCCAUCUGAAAACGGUAGCUUGCAAAAGGCGGCUUGAGAAAGAUAUGGAUGAUUUGGAAACAAAGCAAGCUUACUCGUUUAUAAGGAAGAGCAUGCCUGGUUCGAGAGGGCUGCAAAUGAUGGCUGCUCUAAAGGGGUCCAAAUUCGAAGCUCCUGCAAAUAGGAAAAGGAGUAGAAAAUCGGGAAAAGGUGAUUCGAGCAUCAGACCUGUGGCCCGUCCUUUGAUGGCCGGGACUCGCAGGUAA